AUGUCAAAAAAGCGAAAAAGUAGAGGUAUCCAGUCAAGUGCCCUAAAAAUUGAUGGGAAAUUUGUAAGUGACCCUGAUGAAUUACGUGAGAUAUGGAAAGAACACUGUUCCCAAUUGUACACCCCAGUGACAAACUCAAAUUUCGAUGAAAUCUUUACUGCGCAUGUAGAAAGCAGUAUACCCAAAUACGAGAGGGAAAGCAAAAACGCAAGUUAUGAUGCGUUGGAUAAUCCUUUCGCUAUUGAAGAAGUUAGUGCAGUAUGUGUUCAGUUACCAAAUGGCAAAUCUCCUGGUCCAGAUGGUUUGACCUACGAACAUAUCAAAUACGGAGGUCAUGCCAUAAUGAGCAGUCUCACAGCUAUACUAAAUGAUGUCAGGAAUAUUGAAAUCAUGCCAAGUUCUUUACCUCUUGGAGAUAUUAUAUCUCUCUUCAAAACCAAUAAAAAAAUCAGACAUGAUAAAGACAAUUAUAGAGGAAUAACGCUAUUAAAUGUUAUUGGAAAGAUAUUUGAAAGAUUCAUUUUAGACAGAUGGAUGCCGUUCCUAGCAGAAAAAGGUUUUCCAAACAGUUUACAAUGUGCAUAUCAGCGAGAGAAAAGCUGUUUGGAUGCCAGCAUGUCUUUGCAAGAAGCUGUUUUACACAAUAUCGAGAACGGUAGCAAAGUCUAUCGCUGCUUCUUAGAUUCGAAGAAAGCGUUCGAUACAGUAUGGAUCUCUGGACUUUUCUACAAGUUGUAUAACUUAGGAAUCUAG